AUGACCCAAAACUUCAACAUUCUCGUCCUACCUGGCGAUGGCAUCGGGCCCGAGGUCAUGGCGGAAGCCGUUAAGGUCCUUAAGGUCUUCGAGACACCCGAACGCAAGUUUGAACUACGCCAGGAGUUGAUUGGAGGGUGCAGCAUUGACGCUCACGGCAAGUCUGUGACAGAAGAAGUCAAACAGGCGGCUCUGGACUCAGACGCAGUGCUCUUCGCCGCAGUUGGGGGUCCGAAAUGGGACAAUCAGCGUCGUGGUCUUGAUGGUCCUGAGGGAGGACUACUCCAGCUACGAAAGGCUAUGGAUAUCUAUGCAAACCUACGCCCAUGCUCUUCUACCUCGCCGAGUGCCUCUAUCGCCAAGGAGUUCAGCCCGUUCAAGCACGAUGUUAUUGAAGGUGUUGAUUUUGUUGUCGUGCGGGAGAACUGCGGAGGGGCGUAUUUCGGCCGCAAGGUCGAAGAAGAAACAUACGCAAUGGAUGAAUGGGGUUACUCCGAAGCCGAGAUCCAGCGAGUUACCCGUCUAUCCGCCGAAGUGGCACUGCGACACAAUCCCCCCUGGCCUUUGAUCUCACUAGACAAGGCGAAUGUACUAGCUUCUUCGCGACUCUGGCGCCGGGUAGUGGACAAGACCAUGGCAACCGAGUACCCGCAAGUGAAAUUGGUGCACCAGCUGGCGGACUCUGCGUCAUUGAUUCUAGCAACGAACCCGCGAUCCCUGAAUGGCGUUAUCCUGGCUGACAACACCUUCGGUGAUAUGAUCUCCGACCAAGCUGGGUCUAUUGUGGGUACACUUGGUGUGUUGCCGAGUGCCAGUCUCAACGGUCUGCCUGGCGAUAAGACUCUGAAGACACGACCUUACGGGCUGUACGAGCCUACACAUGGAUCUGCUCCGACUAUUGCGGGACAGAAUAUUGCUAACCCGGUUGCAAUGAUCCUCUGCGUCGCGCUUAUGUUCCGAUACUCGUUGGGCAUGGAAGAUGAAGCUCGACGUGUGGAGGAUGCAGUGCGCAAAGUGCUGGACUCAGGGCUUCGGACGCCUGACCUUGGGGGUAGGGCUGGUACUAAAGAAGUGGGCGAUGCGAUUGUAAUCCCACAUCCUCUCAAGCCCAGAGGCUCUACACAGCAGAGUCCGCUCCAAAACGAGUCUCUCACCAGAAACUCAGCACUCACCAUGUCAUCCGAAAAGCCUACCACUUCAUCUACACCAGCGAUCGCACCGGACCAUCCAAACCAGCGACCAAAUACACCAGGGUCUUGCGCUCUACGCCUAGAGAACCUAGAACAGCAAACAUCCACCACAAAAAGCGAGCUGAUGGCAUCCAUCGCGGCAGAUAUCUGCGCUACAUUCAUAAGCAUCGCAAAGUACUCCGAAGAAGGCACACUCCACGCGCAACACACCGGCGUAAUCGACAAGGUGAUCCAGACGAUCCGCGACACCGACGUGAAGCAGCGACGCUUGCUCGAUCGACAGGUGGGCCGGCUCCAUAAAGAGAGGAAGUGGAUCCGGAAGAAGUAUUCGCGGUUGGCUGGGCAAGCGGAUGGGCUGGGUCGCGCAUACCAGGUCAAGAUGCGAAAGUUGAGCAUCUCGCUACGAGAGGCGCGAAGGGAGAUAGUGCAUUUACGAAGGGAGCGGGAUAUGCUACUAGCUUGCAAUGUGGAUGCUUCGAAAGACAGUGCCGACGGGGAGUUUGGAGUCCACGCGGGGGAGGAUGUCGAUGGGGAAUAUGAGAUUGAGGAGAGCUGA